UAAUUUUGUUAAUCCAGCGGAUGGUGGCUGACUUUUACGGUGGGAAAAUCUUACUAAAGGUUAAUCUUUAUGUUCGUGCAGACCUAGUGGUUGCUAGUGCUGGUGACGAUAAAAAGAUAUCACUUUGGAAUAAAAAUGGCCAAAGUAUGGGAUCCUUUCCUUCUCACGGCAACGACCUUGCUGAUGACAUUGAGGAAUCCAUAAAUUGUAUCAGCUUUAGUAAUAAAAGUUCUAGAUAUCUUUGCUCUGGAGGAAGUGGGCAUAUUGUCAAAAUAUGGGACCUGCAGAGGAAAAGGUGCAUCAAACGGUUGAGUGGUCAUAUUGACACAAUUACAGGUGUAAUGUACAACUGCAAAGAUGAACAUUUAGCAUCCAUCAACGAGAAGGGGGAUCUCAUACUUCAUUAUCUUGCUUCCGGAACACGGGCUGAACUCAAGGAUCCAAAUGGGCAGGUACUAAGAGUACUUGAUUAUUCUCGAUUUAGUCGACAUCUUUUGUCAACAGCUGGGGAUGAUGGAUCUGUUCAUAUUUGGGAUACAACUGAUCGCAGACCAAAGAUUAUUGUUACAGUUGGUCUUGAUAAAAAGUUGUAUAUGUUUGAUUCUGGAACAAAAAGACCCUCAUAUUGCAUGCCUUUUGAGGCACCCUUCUCAUCGCUGGCAUACUGUGAUGAUGGUAAUCUAUUGGCUGCUGGGACAAAUAAUGGACGUGUAGUAUUCUAUGAUGUUCGAGGGAAACCUCAACCUUUCACAGUUCUUCGUGCAUACAGUAGUUCAGAGGUCAUGCAGAACAUGCAAGCAUAUAGAUGCUGCAAAGGUUUUUAUUAG